UGGCCAAAUUUCCGAUCUCGAGCCAAUACCAUGUGUUUCGGAAGCCUGUACAAACUUCACAGCAGUGGCGCAUGCAUGCUGUCUCAAUCGUCCCUCUCGGCUCUGCUUGCUUCAACUGCUACAUGGAUGAGACAUCUAGCAACAUGACGGGCCGUGGCUGCUUUGAUGUCGUCACAGAGAAGAGCGGCACCAAGUCUAUCCUGAUGCAUGGAUUAGCCCUUAACUUUGAUAAACUGACCGAAAUAACGAGACUGCUGAACGGAGGAAUCCACUCUAUCAGCCAACAAGACGUCAAAACGUUCCUCGAAAUCCACCUUGACGCGACAGAAACGUCAGCUACUAUUUCGAAACGGUCAUAUACUGGGCAUGAGCAAGAUGCGCCUGUAAGCUAUCUCAUUCAAACCUAUUCUCAGGAUGACCUUCUGGUCUGUUGUUUAGGAGUCUCUUGCGGCUUUUGGUCAUGCAGGAUGUAUGGCGUGUUGCUAUUGAGGCAACCGCGUGCGAGGUGGAGACGCUUAGGCCUGUGCUUCUGGGAGACUAAUUCUGCUCAUGUGGGGAAGGUGAUAAGCACACUUACGGAGUUUGAUGAUAUGUUUCAACAAUUAGUGGCUUGUAGAUGGACAGAGUUCAAAGGAGCUUAUGGUGAAAUAAGCAAGGCAUGUGGGCGUGCCUGCUAGCUUCGUAUAUUCCAAGAGGACUACUUUUAGGCCACUAUGAAAGGCUCGGAGUAUGCAAAUGGCUGCGAUGGAUUGAGGUAGAGCAGACCAACUUGGACAUCUGCAAAGCAAGACAUCUCGAGCGUAUAUUAGGUGGAAAGGGAGAGGAGUGGACCAUUCAAGAAGAUUACUGGAGGUGAUGGGAGU